AUGGCGCAGAUACAUGGGAUUUGCACGUCCAAAUUCCAAAAGGUACGGGACCUAUUUCAACAAUUUCUCGACUCUGGUGAAGAGGUCGGCGCCUCCAUCACGGUCAAUGUUGAUGGCGAGGAUGUCAUCAACCUAUGGGGCGGCUUCGUCAACGCAGAACGCACCCAGCCCUGGAACGAGGACACCAUUGUGCCUGUGGCCUCGAGCACCAAGAUGAUCCCAGCCCUGGCCGUCCUCAUGCUAGCCGACAGCGGUGCUAUAUCGGUUUACGACAAGGUGUCCAAACACUGGCCCGAGUUCGCGGCGAAUGGCAAGGAGGAUAUCGAGAUCCGCCACUGUCUUUCGCACACAUCUGGCGUUGCCGGGUGGGAUGAGAAGUUGACCAUGGACGACAUUUGUGACGUGGCCAGCUCGGCCGCGAAACUAGCCGGCCAAGCUCCGUGGUGGACUCCCGGAACGGCUUCGGCCUACCAUGGCUGGAACUUCGGCCAUCUGCUUAGUGAGAUCGUGUAUCGUGUGACGGGCAUGUACCUCAAAGAGUUUAUCGCAAAAAACAUUACUGGUCCCCUAGGCGCGGACUUUCAAAUCGGGCUCAAGGAGGAAGACGAGGCGCGCCUGUCCGAAUUCAUCCCGACUCCUCCAUCAGCGCCGCCUCGAGAUCUCGGACCACUGUUCAUCAAAGUGCUUGGAAACCCAUCCAUGGCUCCGGCAAUGGGUAGGACCAAGGCGUGGAGGAAUGGAGAGAUUGGUGCAUCCAAUGGAUAUGGCAACGCCCGCGCUCUAAACACAAUGUUGUCUCAUGUCACACUAGCAGGACUCGACAGUGUCAAGGCCGACGCAAGACUGCUGUCUGCUUCAACGGUCAAUUUGAUCUUUGAGGAACAGUCUUAUGGCAAGGAUCUCGCAGUCGGUAAGACCAUCCGCUUUGGUAUUGGUUACGCUCUACGGGGAGACGGAGACACUUGGGUAGACGAUUGGUUGCCGGCUGGCCGAGUGGCUUACUGGGGAGGAUCCGGAGGCUCCCUUGGCAUCAUGGACGUUGAUCGACGGGUUACUAUAACCUAUGCCAUGAACCAGAAGUCAAAUGACAUGAUUGGAAAUACUGCGUCCAGGGCUUAUAUAAAGGCUAUCUACGAGGCUCUGGGAGUUGAGAUGGAGUAA